CAAAAAAGGAAAUGCUCUCCAGGAGUGGGGAGGUUAAGAAGCCCUUAGCUGAGGGCUAGGGGGCAGGUGACAUCCUCAGGUGACCAUGGAUGUGCCCCUCACUGGGAGCGAUAGGAACCAGCACCGCUGAACCUGGAGCAUCUUCAGAGCACUUCCUGUACUGGUUCAUCUGGGGGGCCUCACACAGGACCAGGAAGCAGAGGACAGGAAGGAGAACUAGGCACAUGUGCAUUGUACGUUCUAGAAGGAGGCGUCCCUUCUCCUCUCUUGGGCUUGGUGUGGGUGCAGGUGACAUCUGAGCUGAAGAAAUGACCCCGAGAGUGUUGGGAGUGUGGCUGCCUUCAACUCUGCUCCUCCUGCAGGUCCCAGGCUGUGUCCCUAUGAAUGGCCCCAGCACCGUGACAGGCGCUGUGGGGGAAUCCCUGAGUGUGCAGUGUCAGUAUGAGGAGAAAUACAAGAGCAACGACAAAUACUGGUGCAGACACUCGCUGCUGCUAUUGUGUAAACAAAUUGUCAAGACCAGACCUGGAAAAGAAGCUAGGAAUGGCCGAGUGUCCAUCAGGGAUCAUCCAGCCACCCUCACCUUCACAGUGACCAUGGAGAACCUCACCUGGGAGGAUGCAGGCACCUACAAGUGUGGAGUGGAUGUACCGCUUAUCAAUGGCUCCUCAUGGAAGAUUGAUUCCUCCUUGGGGAUUCAUGACUUCUUCAAGGUUGAGGUGUUCGUAGUACCAGGCUCUGCCCCUGAGGACAGAACAAACACCCUGGGGUCUCCCACAUCCUCACCAGUGCACACUCAGCCCAGCGUGACCACAGAGGACACAACUCCUGGUCCCAGUCUACAACCUCGGUCCCUGCUGAGCAGCAUCCACUUCCUGCUCCUGGUCUUUCUGGAGCUGCCCCUGCUCCUGAGCAUGCUCAGUGCGGUCCUCUGGGUGCACAGGCCUCAGAGGUGCUCUGGGGAGAAGCAGCAUCGCCCCAAUUAUGAGAAUCAGUGACAUCUGUUGACAACGAAGCCCUGUCCAUGUCACUGCACACAGCUCCUCUGGUGGCAGAGGACAAUCUGUGCUUCUGAGAAUACUCUGAGAUGUCUUAGAAGAUUCUUUGUGUUGUGUCAAACACAUACAAAAAUGUG